UCAUGCUGCUGCCAGGUCCACAGUGUCUCAUGGGUCCCUGUACGGCCUCCCAUUGCUGCUGUCUCCAUCGCCACACUCUGCCAUGUGCCACUUUCAGGUCUCCUCACACUGCUGGUGUGUUCCAUUUUUUGUCAUAGGGUGCUGGCAGAUUACGGGCCUCCCAUUGCUGCUGCCAGGCCCCUAAUCUGCCAUGGGCCCCUGUACCGCCUCCUCAUGCUGCUGCCAGGUCCACAGUGUCUCAUGGGUCCCUGUACGGCCUCCCAUUGCUGCUGUCUCCAUCGCCACACUCUGCCAUGUGCCACUUUCAGGUCUCCUCACACUGCUGGUGGGUUCCAUUUUUUG